GAGGGCUGCCCCGUGACCUCGUGCGCCACUGGCCGGUUGCUCGCGAGGAGGGCGGCGGUGUCCGGCGCAGGCUGGAUGGGGCUGCUGUGGUUCGGGCCGCUGCUGGUCGGCCUCGGCGUGCUGCGCAGCCGCCGCGGGGGCGUGGAGGACGACGCGGCCCUAACGGACAUGUGGAUGCCGUACAUGGUGCUGGGCACAGCGUUGUGGGGCUGCGGCCAGGGCGUCUACCUGGCCGGCGACCAGGCGCUGAGCUACGCGCUGCUGCCAGACCCCGAGGAGGCCUCGCGCUUCUUGGGGCUGGCGAGCGUGUGCGCCUGCAUCGGAGAGCCAUCGCCGGCGGGAGCCUCACGGGGGGCCUGCUGUGGUGCUUCGGGGCGCGCGGCGACGUUGACGCCCCUGGCGGCGGCAAAGACCACGGUCCCCGCUGCGCCGCUGGCGUGUCGCUGACUCUGAUACGGAUCCGGGCGGACACGGAGGCGGCGACAGUCAAGCAGGUCUUGCUCGCCCCCUCGAAGCGCGAGACAGCCAUGCAGAAGAAGAUGGACGCCAUGCGCGAAGAGCUCGAUUCUCUCAAGAAAGGGUGCAACCGCGACAUGGAGAGCAACGCGGAAGAGCCGAAGACCGACCUUUCUAAGUUGUACAAGUGGGCCCAGGCGCGUCAGGAGAAGGUCAAUGCCAAGCCGCAUAGCUUGCAGCUUACACAGGCGCGCAUCGCAAAAGAAAAGGCAGAGAAGGAAGUCAGCUGCAUCCAGGACGAAGUGCAGCAGCGCGAACGAAAGCUUGCGGACGCGCGCGAGCGGCUGGCCAAGAAGCAAGAGCAGCUCAGCUUCGCCAAGUCGCGCGAGCAGGAGCUCAAGGUGCAGGGCGUCGGCGACCCCUCCCAGGGCUUCUUGGAGGCGAUGCAGAAGCGGUACGAGAAGGCAGUCGAGGGCAGCGGCGUCUCCCGUGUCGAGUACCAGCAGCUGUUCGCCCAGCUCGGCAGGGUCAUGGCCAACGCGAAAGAGGCCGUGCCCAUGGAUCCUCUGCCCGGCGGCCCCGGUGGCGCAGCUAGCGGCAGCGGCGUUCCUAGCCCCGCGCACAACCAUAAUAAGUGUGACAAGCUCACGGUCUGGACUUUCAGCGGUUCGGGCUGGGGCACGAUGAAGGAGAAGCUCAGUGAAAAGGUGAUGGGGGUAUUGCAGUGCCACGCAGUGCAGGAGCAUCACCUCACGGAUGGCAAGUGGCCUGUGGCGACGCAAGCGAUGAAGGGCAUGUCGUAUCGCAACAGGGAGUUGGUGUUGCACGUCGUGGGGCAGCUGGAGACCUUGGGGGCGCCGUGGAUCAUGGGCGGCGACUUCCAGGUGGAGCCAGAGGUUACUGCGGAGGUGGAGUCGCUGAAGAUUGCUAAGGCGUGCGUCGUAGCGCCGAAUGCGGCAUGCGGAGCGCGCGGGCACGCUCACGGCAACAGCGAGAUCGACUACUUCAUAGCGUCCGACUCGAUGAAGGUUGGGCCGUUCAACACGCAGGAGGAUGCGGACAGGGAGUGGACCAGGUACAUGCGCAAGCUCGAGCAGGAGGCUUUCGCGAUCAGGGGCAUGGCGCGGGACGAGACGGACCCGCACGCCAGGUUGCAUGCGACGACGGAGCACUGGGGCAAGCGCAUGCGGGAGGCCAAGGAGCAGGAUAAGUUGUUCAAGAUAAAGGGCAACCGCACGAGGCACAUCUCCACGGGGGAGCAGGGCGCGCGGCAGGCGCGGCGCGAGUUGCUGGCGCGCGGUCACUGGCGAAGUAGCGCGCAGAAAGACAAGUUGCAGGAGCUGCACCAGGAGGCGGCCACCAAGUCAAAGGAGACGGACCAGCAGCUCACCAGGGAAAGGCAAGCAAAGUGGGCAGAUAUGCUCGAGGCGGCGGCGGCGGGCUCGGCAGGGGGCCUGCGCGAGCUGAGCAAACCGGCGACGGUUUGGCGACCGAGGCGCGCAGACACGAUGACAAAGUCAGCGGACCCCUUGGAAGCGGCGGAGUUUGCGCUGAAUGAGUGGAAGGCAGCGUGGCGCACGGGCGACCCGAUGCAGCAGAAGGAGAACCCGUGGGAGAUCGAGGCCAGGGAGCAGCUGGACGAUUUCACGGACGAGGAUGUGGUUAAGCUGAAAGGCUUAGCGCGGACAUUCCGAAAGAAGACGGGAGUGGGCGCUGACAGAUGGCACCCAUCGCUUCUGCAGGGGGUGUCGGACGGGGCAUGCGAGACGCUGUCGGCCAUCCUACGAGAGGCGGUGAAGACGCUGACGUUCACCACGGACAGGGUGAUAGGGUUGCUGCCAACCGCCAUCAGGAUAUGGGAGAUCAUGCGGGAGCCGUAUAUGAAGCGCUGGGCGGAGGAGAACCAGAGGUCAUGGGACUGUGCGAGUUUCGGCAAGGCAGCGGAGGAUGCAGCUUGGGAUGUCCUGCUCAGCCAUGAGAUGGACGACCCAGAUGUGCAAGACGAGCACACGGAGGCGACGACCACGGCCAUUCUCGAUUUGGCCAAGGCGUUCGAGCGGGUUAGUCUCUCUGUGCUUUGGGAGGCUGGCGAGCAGCUCAAGUUCCACACGGGGGUGCUGGCCGUGGUGUGCUCGUAUUUUGCCAUGGCGAGAAGGCUCGUAGUGGCGGAAUCGGUGUCGAGCGAAACGAGCACGGUGGCAACCAUCACUGCGGGCAGCAAGUUCUCGGUCAGCUUCUUCAAGAUGGCCAUCCAGUCGACCCUUGACGGUUUGGUGGUCGAGAGGCCGAUCGCCAAAUGGAGGAUGCACGUGGGCGACUUGCGCGUCAGGCUCAGAAGGCAGCAGCAGAACAUAGUGGAGGAGUUCACGGAGACCUGGGGCGCGUGCUUCGAGGGUUUCGACAUGCUGGGCCUCAAGUUCUCGGUGGGAGCAGCUGGGAAGGGAGCAGUUCUGGCAAGCACGAAGUGGGUGCGGAAGGCAGCGGCCAAGGAGAUGCAGGAACGUGGUUUGCCAGCGGUGAGAGCGCGUCCAAAUUUGGGGGUGGACCUUAUCGCUAACGGGUCGGCGGCCAAGUCGAAGAGCAAGAAGCGCUUCAGCGGCAUGCUAUCGCGGACGAAGAGGCUCGUCAACCUGAAAGGCGGAGGGCGCAAGAUGCAGAGAGGAACCACCUUGGUCUACAAAUGCGGGCUGAAGAGGUCGGACGAGGAGCUAAGGGCUAAGAGUCUCACGCUGCAGCUGGCGGUUGCGCAGGAGGAGCCCACCUUUGAGGUCGCGGAGGCGCCCAUAGUACAGUGGGCGCGUUCAGUCUGGCAUGCAGAGCAGAAGCUGAGUAUUUACACGGAAGGAGCAGCCCUUAUGUCACUGAAGAGGGCGGAUUGGACGUGGCCAGCCUGGCACACCAUGCGAACGAAAGAGGGGCAUGUCCUGAACCUGAAGGACGUGUGCCUCAUGGAUGUUGCGGCGAUGAUGCGCAGAGACAUCCAGACCAAGCUUUGGGAAGAAUGGGCGGAGGCGCCCGGGCGCAGCAGUCUCAGGCCGGCGCCGUACAUUGUGCCCGCGGCGUCGCAGUUCAAGACAAAGGGCUUCCCCAAGCACGCGAAGAACGCGUGCAACAUCGCGCCGACGGACAUCUGCCUGGGAUGCGGGAGCGCGGUGGGCACACCGCACCACAGGUUGCACAAGUGCGAGGCUCUGAGGCAGCAGAGGCUCGAGGCACAGGAGGAAUGGCAGCAUGUGGCAGAGCAGCAGGAGGAUAGUCUACUCUGGACGCGGGGGCGGGCAAGGAGCCCUGAGGCGGACUGGCGAUUCGUCGGGGUCGGCGAGGAUCAGUACCAAGGGGGAGUGCUCGAAGGCGACGAUGACGUAUUCACGGGCGACAUCGUGCGCGACGGGUCCAAGCUGGGCUACACCGAGUGGGCGCAGACGGGCUGGGCAGCGAUGUCGAUCAACGACGACGGGAAGCCGAAGGUGCAGCUGUGGGGCCCGCGGCCGUGCACCCUCCAAGUCCAGAGGAAGGUGAAGCAAGCGGAAAUGUGGGCUUUCCUGAAGGCGCUGGAGAACGCCCUGCCGCCCUUCAGAAUCUACACGGACCAUAAGGGCAUCAUCGACGGCCUGAAGAAGGGCGAGCGGUGGCGCAUAGACUGGAAGAGGCCGCAUGCAGACUUGUGGCGCAGGAUCUGGCACAAGGUUAAGGACGCGGACUUAGACGUGAGCACGGCUUUCCACGUAAAGGCGCACAGGUCCAAGACUAAGAUAGCGCAGCUGCAGGAAGACGAGCUCAAGGUCGCGAAGGGCAACGGCGAGGUUGACCUGCCUGCGAAGGCAGGGGCUGAGCUGGAUGCGAACUUCGGCAAGCAGCAGGCGCUGGAGGAGCUGGGCGCGAAGGUGCGCUGGGCGGUGCAAAACGUCGGAUGGUGGCAUCAGAAGAUGAAUGGCGAGUGGCCUGACGUCCCCAAGCGUGAGCCUGGAAUGCCGCAGAGAAGGAUCGCCAAGCAGAAACUAGCGUUGACCAACCACGAUGUCGUCAACGAAGGCAAAUGGCUCGUGUGCGUCAAGUGCGGGAAGAGAGCGGCCUCGAAGCGCAUGAGGAAGAAGUUGCGGGAGUCGGUGUCCGAGCCGCCCCCAUGGAGAUCCUCGGGCAAGCGACAGACGGGGGCUUCGGGGUCACUCGAGGCAUGUGUUGCGCUCGCGGCUGCGGGGGCUGCGGAGAUCGACCCACUUUGCGCGAUCACCGAGUGGAAGUACACGGGCCAUACGUGGCGUGCCCAGUCCUGCCAGUGCUACGUGGACGAUGAGCACUACGGGGACCUGCUCUUGGACAAGCUGAUACAGGCCAAGGCAGAGAGAUCUUCGCGCACCGUGACGUUUGGGACGUUCCCGGAGGACACGAGGGCUGACGAUAUCGUCAAGCUCAUGAAUGGCAUAUUGAAUGAGGCAACGAAAGGGAUAUUUGGAGGAUGCGUUCGCGUUCGGGAAAAAGUUUGCGGAGAGAGGACGGGCCAGAUUCAAUCGGCAGACGCCAUGUGGGAGUACAUGAGGAGUCAUGCCGGGAAUCAUGUGCACAAGUAUAAAGGCAGCAAGGUGCAUUGCAACGCAGACUCGCAUAAGGACCCGGAGUCCGAGGACAGCAAGAGAGAGAAGGCAGCGCGGAAGGUCGCCCGCGCCGUCAUCGAGACCAACGGCGGCAAUUGGGAGGACGUGAAGAAACGCAUGGAAACGAACUACAGGAAGGGCGCGGCGUGGUUCAAUGAGAAGCGGAUUGCGCAGUGGAAGAGCGGAGAGAUGGAGCUGCUUGGGCCGGAUGCCGAGUGGAAAUCUGUUCUUCGCGAGCCCUUCAGCCGGCAGGGGCCGCGCGGCCCCGAGAAGCAGUGCCAGGCCGGAGUGGUGAAGCCGAAGUUUGGCAUUUUGGUCGAGUCUCCGGCUCUCGUCGACGCACGGGGCAAGGGCGACGAGGCAGACAAGAGAGCCUGCAGCGCAGGCGUGGACAGCGAAUCCGAGUGUCCAGCCCCGCUACAACGCACAAAGCCCCAGGAGCUCGCGGCCGCAAGACGUGCCGCCACGGACGCAGAAUAA